AUGGUGAAGCUCACACCAGAGCUCAUUCAGUCGGUCCCUUCCUCACUCAAUCCCCUCAAAGAGAGACAGCUCGACCUACGAGGCUACAAAAUCCCGGCCAUCGAAAAUCUUGGUAUAACCAAGGACCAGCACGAUGCUAUAGAUUUCACUGACAACUCAAUCACCGUCCUUGGGAACAUUCCUCUUCUCCGCCGACUACGAACGCUCUUCUUCGCUAAUAACCGAAUAGCCUCCAUCUCGCCCUCCUUGCACCUUUCUGUGCCGAACCUUACAACGCUAGUCCUCACGAACAAUAGCAUCACAGAGCUCGGCGAUCUCGAGCCUCUCAAGGAUGUGAAGGGUCUGCAAUAUCUCUCGCUGCUGGGGAACCCCGUGCGCGAGAGGAAAUGGUAUCGCGAGUGGCUUGCAUGGCGAAUACCAGGGCUGAGAGUUCUUGAUUUCCAGAGAAUCCGCGACAAGGAGCGCCAUGCCGCAAAAAGCCUCUUCCUCACGGCGGACAACCUGCCAACGCAGCUCGCGACAACACUGUCGACUACAGUCACGACACACGCUACAAAAGCGCCCGUCACCACGGACGAACCACGCCCGGUCGUCACGCCCGGCAAGGCAGGCCGGCUGAUGUCCAAGGAGGAAGCGGACAAGGUCAAGGAGGCGAUCGCGCGAGCGACGUCUGUGGAGGAGAUCAGGAGGUUAGAGCGAAGUCUCAAAGAAGGCUUCUUGCCGAGCAUGGAGACUGUCGGCGCAUGA